GCUCAGGAAAACUUCCGGUUUCAUGAGUUUAAAGGGGCUGUGGAGGUAAAAUGGAUUAUUUUAAACAGCAUUUGAAGACAGACUGUGAGGAUUUACUCGGGCGGUUUCAGGCCACGACGUCGGUGCGGUUCGAGGAGUUUUCAGCCAUCUGGAGAGAAAUGAAAUUCUCAACGAUAUUUUAUGGUAUCUUGGAACCCAGUGAGAAGAAGGUCUUCACGCGUCUGGCUCUCUGUGCAGCGUCUCCAUACCUCCUCCCUCCGUAUUCCUUCCAGAUCCGUGUCGGAGGUCUUUACCUGGUCUACAGUCUUUACAGCACUCAGCUCAACACUCCGAAAGAGCGGAUCCGAAUCUCUCUGAAGGACUGGGACGAUCUGAUGCGUUUCCAGCAGGACGCGGCGAACGCGCAGCACUACGACGUGGUGUACAUCCUCAGGAAACUGCUGGGUGAAAAAGCGUUCUGCUUCACCGCCAUGCCAGACACGCUGUGCUUUCAGGUGAAGAGGAGGAGAAUGGACAGGAGGCAGCAGUUGUGCGAGUCGUUUGUGGAUCGGCCAUCCCGACCUCAGGAGCUCAUCAGCACCGACGUGCUCGAGGAGCUGGCGAACGUCCAUGAGCACUACGAAGGGCUGAAGAAGGCGAUUCUCCCACAGCUGCCGCUUCGGUCCGAUCUGAGCCUCAUCAAUGAGAACCUGGUGCCCAAACUGCACAGCACCGUUCUUAAGUUCUGCAGCUGGCAGCAGAACACAGCUGACUUUGAUGAUCAUAAUGACAGAGAUGCAGGAGAAGGAACAUCAAAUCAGGAUGAGAGUUCUCGCAGAGCUCAGCUCCUGGCGUCCAUCAAAUCCAAGUCUUACGCUCAGGCUGUGGAGGCUUCGAAGUCUCGGCGUCACAGACAGAUCGAGAUGACGUCAUCAGCUCCGGACACGCCGUCCACGCAGCAAGUCCAAAAGUUCAAGAGACCUCUGUCUCUGAAAGCGCGUACAAACUCCCGCUUCAUGGCCCAAGGAAGCCAGAACGCAGAGCUGCAGCGCACGACUCGCUUCUGGCGCCUCACUGCAGUGGAGGGUGAAAAGACUGAAGGAAAAAAGAAGAGAAGCUUCACCUGGAAAGAGCGCACGCCGAGUAAAGACUAAACCUGAUUGGACGGGCUCACGCGUCAUGUCUAAUUUUGCGGGUUUAUGAUGAGGCGUGUCUGUUUGGACAGGAUCAUAACGUGUCGUCGGAUUCGAGCAGAUCGUGACAAGCUGUGUUUGAUUUAACAAGUUUCUGACUGACUGGAUCUGAUUGUAGCCCAUUUUUUUAAAUCUCAUUCCUGUCAAAUAUCUGACUCUGAACUCGUCACUGUUUGGAUUUUUUGGGGGUUGGGCCUUGGAAGAGAUGACAUACAACUGGACAGAUUGUGACUGGUGUUAUCGGACUCGUAGCAUGCUGUUUGAUUGGACAGGCUGAUAAGUCAAAUUUGUUUGGAUUGGAUUGGAAUGGAACAGGUCUUGUCUGAUUGGAUGGGUUUGUGAUGAGCAGAGGACUAGCUUGUAGUUUAGUGUCUGGUUGGACUGGUUUGGAACAGCUGAAGUAUGAUUGGACAGGGUCACUCCUGAUGUUCCAAGCCUGUCCAAUCACACACACCCAGUUAUAAGCCUGUCCAAUCAGGAGUGACCCUGGACAAGCUUGUAACGGGUCGUUCCUGAUUGGACAGCCUUGUAGCCGGGUGUGUCUGAAUCAAACCGCCUUGUCACUGGGGCUCUUGCCACCAGGUGUGUAUGAUUUUGGACGGGUCUCUUCUGACUGGAUGUCAUUUACAAUGUACCGGAAAUCCUGCAGAGAUGGACUUUAACGGGGACAGAUGUGUGUUGUGUUUUUAUUUUUAUUUAUUUAUUUUUUUUAAAUACUUAACACCCAAAGUGGAUCAUACCUCAAAACAUAUCAGUAUUUUUUGUUUUUAAUUUUUAUUUCAAGUGUAUUUUUACCUCCUAUGUACAUUUGUUUAAUCCUGUGCGUGUGUGUAUCUCUCAGUAUUACUGACUGAUAUUUAUAAUGCUUUUAUACAGUCUUUUUUAGACACGUUGUGAAAAUACUUCUGUAAAAAGUUGUUGUUGUUUUUCCUGCCAAUUUGUGCAUAAAUAUUUUCUACGCUGUUUGACCUGAUUUGCUUUUUCACCUUGUGUUUAGAGGUUGGUGUUCGACUCUUUCUGAUGUGCUGCUGCUGCACCAAACAGACAGUGUUAAAGUUAAUAUUGUGAUGGUGUGGUGGUUAGCACUGUCGCCUCACAGCAAGAAGGUCCGGGUUCGAGCCCCGUGGCUGGCGAGGGCCUUUCUGUGCGGAGUUUGCAUGUUCUCCCCGUGUCCGCGUGGGUUUCCUCCGGGUGCUCCGGUUUCCCCCACAAUCCAAAGACAUGCAGGUUAGGUUAACUGGUGACUCUAAAUUGACCGUAGGUGUGAGUGUGAAUGGUUGUCUGUGUCUAUGUGUCAGCCCUGUGAUGACCUGGCGACUUGUCCGGGGUGAACCCCGCCUUUCGCCCGUAGUCAGCUGGGAUAGGCUCCAGCUUGCCUGCGACCCUGUAGAACAGGAUAAAGCGGCUACAGAUAAUGAGAU